AUGGAAUGCGUGGCUGACGGAGGCAAAAAUGGAGACAUCAUCAUUCGCGAUCCUUACCUGUUUCCGCUUGCGCACGCUGUCAGAACAGCUAUGCUCUUUGCCACGUCAGCCUUGGGCAUAUUAUUUGCCAGCAGCUUCUUCUGUCCGGCUAUUCGUUCGGGCCCGUGGAACCUCACGAAGAAGAUUUGCUGCUGGUACCUAGGUUUGAACAGCUUUGGCUGCGCUUUGGAGGCAGCCGCCACUGUGUUUCUCUCAGAGAGUGAUGGUCUCGCACUGAUUGCCGCAGCACGGAUGGUCCUCAUUACUUCGCUGGCUCCCCUCCUAGCAGCUGCCAAUGGGGCGGCCCAGUCAAUUUGGCCCUCAAAGUGGUGGCAGCUCAUCUGGAUUUUGAGCAUCUUAUUUCUCAUCUCAUCGCUUGCACUAUUUGUCACCUUUCUGGUGCUGUUGAAGGAUUUUGCCCUUUUGGCCCUGGGAUGCAUCAUGGGCUGUGGUGCAUUCUAUUGCGCUGGCCUGUGGUGUCUGGUGAUCCGCAAGGUAAGUUUCGCCUUUGCUUUUGCCGGACCUGCUGGAGCUGCACUGCUUCUUGUAUCCUAUGUGGUUUUGGGCGUGAGCGACUUGGGUUGCGGCCCUCAGGCACAUGUGGAUUGCUACAAGAAUUGCUUUAUGGGGCAAGGUGGGGGUCACUACAUUCCUUCCUUUGUCGUGAUGGUGCUGGCGAACCUGGCGAUUACGAUGUUUUUCGCCCAGGACACGUUGCAGAUGAAGCUGGCUUUCUGGGGCCCUGGAAAUCCAGCUCCUGAGGCUGGCCACGUGACACCACCGGGAUGA